UACCUCUACAGUUAAUUAUCUGUAUGUACCAGUGAGUCACUGUUAGUACUAUCAUUGACAAUACAGUAAACGAAGCGCGACAGCUGAGACUUAGAAAAAGAGGAAAUAGUUGCUUUAUAUACGCGACCUGAAAAGAAGUACAUAGGAAAAUGUCUAAAAAGCCAGGUACUACCCAAGCAAUGCAUAAGGUUAUAAUGGUUGGAAGUGGAGGCGUUGGAAAAUCUGCCCUUACAUUACAGUUUAUGUACGAUGAGUUUGUCGAGGAUUAUGAGCCUACAAAAGCAGAUUCUUAUAGAAAGAAAGUUGUAUUAGACGGAGAAGAAGUACAAAUUGAUAUUCUAGAUACUGCAGGACAAGAAGAUUAUGCAGCAAUUAGAGAUAAUUAUUUUAGAAGCGGAGAAGGAUUUCUUUGUGUGUUUUCUAUAACAGAAGAUGACAGUUUUCAAGCCACUCAAGAGUUUAGAGAACAGAUUCUUAGGGUAAAGAAUGAUGAAAACAUUCCAUUUCUAUUAGUGGGAAAUAAAAGUGAUUUGCAAGAAAAGAGGAAAGUUACUUUAGCAGAAGCUCAAGCAAGAUCACAACAAUGGGGUGUACCAUAUGUAGAAACAAGUGCAAAAACGAAAGAAAAUGUCGAUAAGGUAUUUUUCGACUUGAUGCGUGAAAUAAGGUCGCGCAAGAUCGAGGACAAGUCAGCGAGCAACGGUCGUGGAAAGGACCGUGCUAACAAGAAGAAAAAGAAGUGCAUUUUUCUAUAGGUAUUUUUUGAUUUAAUGAGCGCGAUAGCUGCACGGAAAGCACAGGAAAAUCAAGGCGAUGGAAAAGAGGGCAAGGAGGAAAGAAAUUGCUGCAUUUUGCUCUAACAAUUACAAAGCAACGCGUAUAACUUUCAUAACGGAAUAUUCAACUUCUAAUUGCAAAAGCUGAGUAAGGAAAGUGUAUUUAUAUAUAUACACACACGUGUUACAUACAUAUAGUAAAACUUUUCUGACACUUUACAGUGAAUUGACGCACUAAACGUAUAUACAAA